AUUAGCUUUGACCGUCGUUUCUAGAAAAACACAUAUCUUUCCUCUUUCCUUCUAGAGUGGGAUUAUCCGCGUUUUGAUUCUGUAAAUCUGUAGAAAUGGCUGCGAAUACUUAGUAUUAUUUGAUCAUAGUUUCUUCUGAUUAUUUGUAAAGCAAUCUUCCUUUUCUCUCUCGGAACCGAUGGCUAGUGACGGUGAGAUCAUGGAUGGUGUAAAACAGAGGUUCAAAGAUAGGUCAAAAAAGGUGGCUGAAACAAAGGAGAUGUUAGCUAGGAGAGCAGUUAAAUCGAAGGAAAUCUUGUCCAAACAAGCUGUUAAAAUCGCUAAGCAGGCCGAAGAACACGAACGGUUCAUCAAUAAGGUUACUCAUCUAUGUGGAGUCCUUGGAUUCGGGGCAUUUUGCUUUCUUUUGGGUGCAAGGCCUCAAGAUAUUCCAUAUGUAUAUUGUGUAUUCUAUAUCACAUUUGUUCCUCUUCGCUGGAUAUACUAUCGAUACAAGAAAUGGCAUUAUUAUCUUUUGGAUUUCUGCUACUACGCCAAUACAAUAUUCUUGGGUAUGCUUCUUUUCUAUCCAACACACGAAAGGCUUUUUAUGGUUUGCUUCUCAUUUGCCGAAGGACCAUUAGCAUGGGCUUUAAUUGUUUGGCGUUGUAGUUUAGUUUUCAGUUCCGUUGACAAGCUCAUAAGUGUCCUUAUACAUAUUUUACCUGGGUUAGUUUUCUUCACUAUACGUUGGUGGAAUCCAGCAUUCUUAGAAGCUAUGCAUUCUGAUGAAAUUCCCAAUAGAGCUUCAUGGCCUUAUGUAGAGGGGACAACUUAUGUUUGGACAUGGUUAUUUCUUGUUCCACUGGCUGCAUAUAGCCUCUGGCAACUUCUAUACUUCCUUAUUAUAAAUGUCCUAAGAAGGCAACGCCUGUUGAGAGAUCCCGAAGUUAUGACUGCUUACAGGGAACUGUCGAAAAAAGCAGAGAAAGCUAAUAAUAUGUGGUGGCGGUUAAGUGGGUUGUUGGGAGAUGAGAAGCGGUUAUUAAUGUUCAUAGUAUUGCAAGGUUUGUUUACUGUGGCUACAAUAGCCCUGGCAGUCCCAAUAUUCUUGUCGUACAGAUUACAUGUUGCAUUCCAAAUAUUUAAGGUUUCGGCCACUAUAUGGAACGGGGGAAGCUUUUUACUGGAUGUAAUGCCCAGACAGUUUGUUCUCAAGGAGAAGAAGAAAAUGGAGAUGCAGUCUUGUUUAGACCAAACCGUAAACGAUCAGUAAUAGUAGAAACAACAGUUAGAUCGUUUGAAAAUUCUGAAAUGCCUUGUUUUUGAAACAAUCAGCAAGUCUUGCUGUACAUUUCUAGAUUUGGUAUUGCCAAUUAGUGUUGGCAUGUAUGUUCUAUCAA